GCGACUUCACCGGAUAUUCAGAUAACAGGACCUAUAUUCACCCUCUCGGUAUCACCACCCUCCGCAUAUACCCUGGAUUUUCAAUCGUCGAACAGCUGAGAUUAACGCCCCGCAUAAUCACCGUCGCGCUCCUUAUAUCGUGCGACGCUGUCUACUCACCCAGUCGGUUGACGAACCUCCGCCGCUCGGAUCAGCUAGGAUACGGGGUCGAACAUAUACAUUUGAGGUUGGAAGGAAAGGAAGAGAGACAAAACGGGCAGACACGAGGCUGAGGCUGGUCCUACGUCUCAUUCUUUCGCAUACGCUUGGUGUUGGUCUGCUAGUUACUCCUGGCUAUCUACCGACCUAUUUCGAUCUCGCGUCGUUCGAUUUAUCCGAUACGAUUCGAUUGUUGUUCGACUUGCGGACGAAGACGAAGACAGAAGACAUAUACGUCGGGCAGUUACGUCGGACGGAAAAAUCGAUUCACGCAUACACAAUGGCCAACGGGUGGAGUCUCAUCGUCGGCCUAAUCCUCGUCGUCAUCGCGUCGGUGGUAGCAUGGUUCUUUAGUCCCAAGGGGGAUAACCAGACGCUCUGGCGAAGCACCCUCAUCCUGUCAUUUGCGUCGUGUUAUUUGAUGUGGGCGAUCGUUUUCCUCGCGCAGUGGCAUCCGCUUAUUGUGCCUAAGAGGUCGGAUAUUAGGCCUGGUCGGGUGCCGCAGUGAUUUCUUGUUUCUCAGUUGGGUAUUGGGUGUGGGGGUGGUGAGUUUGUGAUGGGGUGGUAGGAUGUGUGAUGAUACCUGGUUUCAUCUGUUACCUACUUUUGAAAUGAGUGGGUGAGAAUAAAGUCUUGCCUAGGAUUAGAUGUGGAGAACUUGUAUAGCUACGCUUUU